UCGUUAUUUUAUGCGUACGAUGAACGUUAUUUCAGCGCUCGAACAAAUCACCCCAUUUUGUGAAAAAUAUCCACAAUCAGCAACUCACCUUUCUCAAGUGUACCUUGACUUGACAAAAGCAAAAGCUUGGAAGGAGGUCAAAGUUAUAGAAAUUGAACCUUUACAAAGGUGUGUGAUAUUCGGCAACGCAAACACAGAAACUGAAACUCAAAUAAUUGUUCCAUGUUCCUCCUCUGAAUCAUGGUCAAUUGAACGCAUAACCUUAUUAUUCUCUUCGCUACAAUCAUUUUUGAACAAGCCUUCAUAUAAAAGUGUUACUCUUGCCAUCACGUUCCCCGACUCAACGGUGGUUUAUUAUAAAGUUCAUGAAGGAAUUGUUCCUCCAACUAAUAAUUGUGUCGGUUGAAUUAAAGAGAAGAGCAACAAGACUGAAAGAUGUUUGAAAAAUGAAUAAGAUUAAAUCUGAAUGUUUAAAUGUAUGAUAACAAAAUGUCUGAACAAAUCGCUUCUUUCUUAAUUGCAAUGUUAAACGAGUAUCCCCUCCAAUUGAAUUAAUAGAUAAAAUAU